AAGGAUAAAUGUUAUCUAAACGUAUGCUUUAAAAAAAAAAAUGCUACUUUACUAGGACAGCUGUAAAGACGGCGGUAUCCAGAGACGCCUGAUGAAACUUCGGAGCUCAGUUUGGUCUGGUCCGGUACUGAAAGGGCAAAAAGCAUCCGAUUCUAUGAACUUGCCAGAUGAGGCCCGAUGGGACGAGACCACCUGCAGAGCGCCAGUUUGUCAGCAUCCACAGUGCUGGGCAUCUCUCCGACGGAUUGAAAGGGGCCAUCCUAGGAUCCUGGAGACAUCCAGCAAAUCUCCUCCAGAAGCCGAAGAUAAACUCCCGACUCUCACCAUUAUAAAUAUCACAGAUACUUGCUUAUGGGCCAAGAAGAGUGCGGUUCAGCAAACACCAUCAGAAAGUACCUUCCCCAAGGAACGUUCUUUAUCGUUGAAACCAGCCUCCAAAUGUCACGGCAGGUCCCGGAAGGCUUUACUUGGCAAAGGUGUGACCAGCCAUUCUACUAAACUUCCCAAACUUUCAGUGUUGAAUCUGAAUGACGCAGAGCUUCCUUUCCCUGGCGAUGUCAGAAAUAUGGUUGUGACCUGGGUUCCAGAAAAAGCGAAGAAGAAUAUGAGAUCAGUUGGAAAGUCUACUUUUUCCAGCUUGCCUGGGAAGAAGAGGAGAAAGAAACGGGGAGACAAAGCCAAGUCCUCCCUGUAUUUCUCUGGAAAGCAAUAUGUAUCAGUGCACUCAAGAAGUCCGGGGGUGAUUGUACCUCCUCCCUCCCCAGUGCACUUACUUGACCAGUUAAGUUCCGAAGCCUUACCACUAUGGGCCCACCUCGACUUGCUUCCCCAGAGUCUACUGGAGGAGUGCAUGUUGGCACAUGAGAAAGCCAUAGCUCUCCCUGAGGUGAACAUCGAGUUGUCCAAGAUGAAGAAGUCUCCUCCCCCGGAAAAGAAUCGACCCGACAGUGCUCUCUCUUCUAAGAUGUACCUAAGUAUUCACCGAGUCACUCUGCAAAGACCAUCGUUGCGGUACCCUGACCAUCUGAGGAAGCUGCAAUCCAGCCUGAAGAGAGGUCCCAGUAUUUCACCAGCACAGGAAAGUGACGAAAAUCAGGUGGAACAGGAAGAGGAAGAGAAAAAAAGCAGCACAAGAGAUGCUCCGGUAGAUGACUCGCCGGAGUAUGACUUAAGCAGUGACUACACAUACUAUUCCACCAGUCCAGAAAGUAGUGUAAUGUAUGAACCGGUUUACGAGGACAUUGAUGACAUGGAGGAGACUAUGGUGGCAAACCUGCCUUCCAGCCAAGAUGAUAGCCCCACGAGCCCUUCUGGAAGUACAGACAAAGCCCACUGGAAUCCUGAGCUCAAACUGCUGAGGAUUCUCCAGGCCAGUGUGGAGGAUGAAGAUGAGAGCCAUCUCUCCAGGGUGCAGAGUGAGGCAUCUCUAGAGGCGUAGGCUGGAGCAGUCACUUGG